ACCCUAAAUUCUAAAUUAUUCCAAUCUCUAAAUUAUUCUCUCUCUUUUCUUCAAAAUCAAAUUUGAAAUCUCAAUACUGACCCUCUCCCUGAAUUAUUUCAACUCGUUCUUCGUACCCGAGUCGACUCGCUACCUCAACUCAGUUCUUCAAAAUCGAAAUGGAUCUGAACAGGAACGACGCCGAUGAUCACAACCGUGAAGAGGAGGAGGUUCCUAUCGUCGUUGAUGAACCGGAUUCCGGCUCCGAUCGCACAGUAUCAGAUUCCGAAUCCGACUCCGACUCCUCUGCGAACAACGAUCAAGCUUCGGAGUCCGAUUGCGAGAGCGAAAUGGCCGAAUCGGAUCCAAUCGACGACGGGUUCGGGUCUUUCACCAGAAAUGGGAUGACCGCGAGAGAAAACGAAGCCACCUCCGACUACAAGAUCGUUCUCAACUACUUCAAAACAGGGAUGGGAUCGGCGGCGCCGGUCACGGAGGUCGUGGCGAUGCACAGGAACAAGGUCGCCGGGGCGACCCGACCCGCGAGGUUCGCGGCCUUCAAAGCUUUUCAUCAGGCGGUUGCGGAGAAAUUGGGCUCCAAAGAUCCCAACAUUAGGUUCGCGUGGUACAGCGGAACCAAGGAGGACGUCUCGGAGAUUCUGCUCCACGGAUUUAGUAGCCUCCACGGCGACGAGCUUGGUCGGAUUCAGCUGAGUGGACUGUGGUUUGCUUUGGACCAGGCGAUGAGGGUCGAGCCUGGUGAUGAUGGGCUUAGGCACAUGUUGUAUUGUAGGGUUAUAGGGGGCAGGAUGGAACAGAUCCCUAGCGGUUCGAACCAGGUUUUGCCGAGUUCGGAUGAGUUUGAUAUCGGUGUGGAUAGUCUUGUGCAUUUGAGGAAGUACUAUGUGUGGAGCCCGUACAUGAACACGCACGUUUGCCCUGCGAUUGUUGUGAGCUUCAAGGCUCCUGCUAGCCUGGACGGUUAUGUAGCUGGUGGCUGUGUUGGUUCUACUCCGGCCGCAGCGAGUGUUGCUGGUGCUAGUGGUACUGAAGGGGGUGCUGCUAAAUUGAAGAAGGCAGGACCGUUUGGGAAAGUUACCCCUCUGGUGGCCGCGCUGACGAGGUUCUUGACGCCUCGAGAAAUGAAGAUUGUUGUGAGGUUGGUCGACGAUUUCAGGGCGAAGAAGAUGACAGCGGACGAUUUGAAGCGGAAAGUGAGGCUCAUUGCUGGGGACAGGUUGGUUUCGGCAUUGAAAUUGGUGUCGUCCACGCCGGGGAGUUUUGGUGGCUUGCAGAUUGAGAAUGGAGCAGUGCGGGAUAUACAUCUCCCUGGUCUGAUAGGCGUGCUUCAAGAGACUCUACCUGCUCCGAAGCUGGACAUGAUUGGUAAAAGCCUAGUCGAGUUCAGGGCGAAGAAGAUAGAUCGGCCUCAGCUGGCUCAAACUGUGAGACUCAUUGUUGGCGAUGACCAAGUGUUGAUCCAAGCAAUCAAGACUUACAAAAUCAGGAAGGAGCAAAACAACAACUCAAAUGUGUGAAAGAUGAUGAGUUACCAGCAUCUUUCACAUUUGAACAACAUCCCUUUUAGUUUUGGGUAUAAGUUUAGUUCUAGGCUUCUAGUUCCUUUACUUCUAGUUUAUUCCAUGCAGAAAUAAGGUAUAGAUGUAAUCGGGAUUGAAGUGAAGGAAUUAAUCACUAAUGUAUUAAUUUAUUACUUAUAUGUAAAAUAUAAAUUAUAUUGUUCGAA